AUGCCUAAAAAAAAAAUAAGUAAUGAUGAUCCAAAAGAAAUAUUUAAGGAUGAAAACGAAUUUAAGAAUGAAGCUAUUAACCUUGCAAAAGCUUUAAAAUGGAGAAGCAUAGAAAAUAAUUCAAG